GAUCGUGUGGAAUCUGCUGCUGUUCCUAAACUGCAUUCCAGAUGGGGUCUUCUGUAGAAAGUAUACCACACUACAGUUGGUUUCGAAGGCGGUGUUAGAACAUUCCGAUAUUAAUAUGGUCGUAAGCCCCGCGGCAAUCGAGUUGGCCUUGGCCCAACUUUACCUGGGAGCCGGCGGAGAAACUGAAGCUGAAUUAAAGGACGUUCUGGGCUAUCCGGGGAAAUCAAAGACUCAGAUCAUGGAGGCCUAUCGGCGGGCCAAGAACCCACAGUUGAAAAUCGUCAGUCGAUUGUUUUUAUCAAGUGGCAUUUCCAUUCUACCAAACUACCAAAAAAUGUCCAAGAGUUAUUUUGAUAUCGACGCCGAGAGCACCGAUCUAAGUGUUCAAGGUGUCAGCAAGGUCAACCAGUGGAUAACUUCAAAAACGGAAGGCGAGGUCGUUGAACUUGUAGAUCCUUUCAUGAUGGACGACACGGCGAAAGUUAUUCUGGUGAAUGCCGCCAGUUGCGAAGCCAUCUUGAAGUUUACCAGUGCGGAAAGAUAUUUCUACUUGCCGGAUGAGAAACGAUCGGUUGGCGUGAAAAUGAUGGAUCUGUUGGGAAAUUUCAAAUAUAACUUUCAAAGUAAAUUAGAUUCACACAUAGUGGCCUUCCCCUACGGCAACUCAACCCUAUCCAUGGUAAUGAUUGUGCCCAGAACUUUUCGGGGAAUCGAAAAACUGGAGGACAAUCUGGUGCAUCUCGACUUGCAACAAUUGAAGCUAAAAAGAGUUAACAUAACCUUGCCAAAGUUCAAGAUAAAAUAUGACCAAGAUAUGCCACAGCCACUGGUUGAUCUGGGUGUAAAGAGCAUCUUUAACCAGCCCAAUCUCAGUCAUCUCACCAAAUCUAAGGAAAACUUGAGGAUCGACAGCAUACCGCACUCGGCCUCUAUCGAGGUGAAUGAACGGGGAGCCAGGUCCGCAGCAUCCGAAGACAGUGAAUUGGAAAUGUUACGAUCGAGGAGGAAGAGAAGCAGGGCAGCAUUUAAGGUUACUUGUAAUCGUCCUUUUCUGUUUGCCGUCGUAGAGGGUACCAAAAUUGUAUUCUUUGGGCGAUUUAGUCGGCCCGAAUAGAAUAAAUGUUAUGAACAAU